GGGAAGAAAAGAAACUUCUAAUUUCUAUGCAAUGGAUGAUGGUUCCUUCAAUUUUCUUGGCAAAAGAAGUUAUUAAAAAAAAAAAACAAUUCUAACAAAAGCACUGGUUCUCUUUCUGUAUUUCAUCAUUCAUGACCACGAAAUAUUAUAUUAUUUUCUUACAUGACAACAGUAUUAGAUGACACUAUAAAGUAAGCGUCUUCCUAAUGGUAAGGAUUAUAUGAACUAAAUGACCCAAAUUUCCCAAUUUUUGACUACCCAGAAAGCAGUAACUUAAGAAAAUAAUAAUAUCGAAGGAUUUUGCAGUUAGAGCGAGCCCAUUAUCAAGAGAGCGAGGAAGGAAGGAAUAAGGUAUGAAUUUACUUUUACCAAGUUCUGAGGUGCCACUAUUUUAUCUUGUUAAUCCUGCAAAAGGUUACCUUUAUGCUCAGUGAAGUUUGUUUUUAGGUUGAGGCAGAUAAAGCUAAGUUCUUUGCGAGUCUGCUUUAUGUUGCAAACUAACAUGCGGUGAUUGUGCUCAGGAAAUAACAAUAGCUUGUAACCUGGAUCUAAUGGUUAAUUCAUUUGGGACUCUUGUUUUUUUAUCAUUCAUAAUCAUGGUGUCACCUGCUGAGGGAAAGUAGAGUUCUUUCUGGGCUGAAAAAGUUCAAAAAAUUGGGAGUUACCAUAUAGCUGUUAAAAACCAAUUCGCAGUUAAGUUAGAAGGAUUGAGUUGCCCUGUUGAAAAUUCCCUCUUGCAUUGUCAAUUGCGGUGAAGUAUUCCUCUCAUUUCUCUUUCAGCACCAACGAAUUUGUUUCAUUCACUUUUAAGUGUUCUUGACUGCGUUUUUUGAGAAUUUGGGCUCGCAAUUUGACAUGUGGAGUGUUUUAGGAAAUGAUCAAGAAGGUAAACAGAUCUGCUUUGUGUCAAGAAAAAUGGUGAUAUAUUCUUCAAACUGGAAAGUCAUGUGCUUAUCCGUGGAAACGCAUUAGUCCAAUGGUAGUUUUUGCUGAAGGAAAUGUCAACUGGUUUGCCUUGUAAUGAAUUAUCUAGCAACACAAGGAAUCACAUUGAUUUAUAUGAUAAAGAUCUUGUCCAAAUUCUUGAGCAUUGCCAAUUUCUUGAACCUGGAAAUGCCGUUGCUCCAUCAUGCUCAAAUGUGAACUGGGAAAUGGAUUUUCUGCAUGAUCAUGGUCCUGACCCUGUGCUCCAGUACAUUAACCAGAUGCUCUUGGAAGAAAAUCUGGAAGAUGAACUAGGAAUGUUCCAGGAUCCCUUGGCUCUAGAAAGUACUGAAAAAUCCUUCUACGAUGCCCUAGGCAAUGAUUCUUCUUCUCCGCCUCCAAAUGAUGAACCCCUAAUAUGCAAUCAGCAAAAUGCAGAAGUUCCAGAUAGUUCUUCUCAGAGUUCGAGUGAGCUUUCUCCAUGGACCUCUGACCUUGAAAAUUAUGAUUCAUCUGCAGGGAGAGAUCAUGUUACAGCUACUUCCUGUUUAUCGUUGCAGACUUAUUUGACAAGCCAAUCAGACUCUGCUGGUGGAUUUUGUGAUAGUAUCCCGAGUGCACAGACUGAUGCCUUUGCUUCUGCAAAACCAGAUAGUACAAUUCAAAGCAUCUUCAGCGAUAGUGACUCCAUGGUGCUGUUCAGACGUGGAAUGGAAGAAGGUAACAAGUUCCUUCCAGCUGUUAGCCAACUUUUCAGUGAUUCUGCAAAGUACAAAUUACCUACAAAGCCAACAGGGCUUGUGGUGAACAUAGAAAGAAAUGGAACAGGUGAAUUUCAUAGCGGAAGGAAGCAUCGUCACUCAGAUGAUGAUCAUGAAUUCAAUUAUCUUAGAAGCAGCAAGCAGUGUGCAACUGUAUCCUCAGUUCAGGAGGAUGAGUUGUCAGAUAAAUUUGAUAGAGUACUACUUAAUCAUGUACCUCCAGAGAAUUUGACAGUGCCUAAUACCAGUCAUGAAGCUCAACAUGCAUCUAAAAAUGAGCUGAUUGUCGAUAAAAAAACUCGCGGAAGAAAGGCUAGAAUUGGUAGUGAUGCUCCAGAUCUUAGUGCACUUUUAAUGAGUUGUGCUCAGUCCGUAGCUGCCAAUGAUAGGACUACUGCAAAUGAACAGCUAAAGCUGAUUAAGAAAUAUGCUUCUCCUACUGGUGAUCCUGACCAGAGGUUGGCUGUUCUGUUCGGUGAUGGACUCGAGGCACGUUUGGCAGGUACUGGACGCGAGCGAUAUAUAGCUCUUACUUCAAAGAAGAUCUCUGCUGCCGAGGAAUUGAAAAGCUACAAGGUAUUUCAUAUCUCACCUUUUAAAGCAAUUCCAGUGAUCUUUGGGAAUCAAAUGAUUCUGGAAAGAGCAUCUAAAGCCACCACUCUACAUAUCAUUGAUUUUGGAAUCGCCUAUGGUUUUCAUUGGCCAAGCCUCAUCCAGCAUCUUUCCCACAGGCCUGGCGGUCCUCCCAAGCUUCGCAUCACAGGAAUAGAGAUCCCCCAGUCAGGUUUCAGGCCAACGGAAAGAGUUGAAGAGACAGGUCGCCGCUUGGAUAGAUAUUGUACACGUUUCAAUGUACCAUUUGAAUAUCAAGCAAUAGCAACACGUAGUUGGGAGACAAUCAGCGUUGAGGAACUGAAGGUUACUAGAGGGGAGCUGCUUGUUGUAAAUUGUCAAUUUCGAUUGAAGGACCUACUUGACGAGACUGUGGCUGAGGAGGAGAGUGCAAAGGAUGCUGUUUUGCACUUAAUCAGAAAUCUACAUCCUGAUAUAUUCAUGACUACUGAUGUCAAUGGGUUGCAUGGUUCACCUUUCUUUCUAACUCGCUUUCGAGAGGCCUAUCUGUUUUUCUCCGCUUUAUUUGAUGCAGUCGACUGUAAUCUACCCAGGAAUGAUGAGCAGCGUAUAAAAUUUGAGCAAAACUUUUUUGGGCCAGAAAUAAUGAAUUUGGUUGCUUGUGAGGGGCGCGACAGGGUUGUGAGGCCUGAGUCGUAUAAGCAAUGGAAGGUGAGGUGUAUAAGGGCUGGAUUCAAACUCCUUCCGCUAAGGGAAGACCUCAUGAAGGAGUUAAGGAAUCGAGUGAAGACAAAUUAUCACAAAGAUUACGUUUUAGAUGAAGACAGAGGCUGGAUGCUGCAAGGGUGGAAAGGCAAGAUAAUUACUGCUAGCUCCUGUUGGGUACCUGCAUAGGACUCUGCAAUAUCCUUCAUUGUGUAUAAAGUUUGGGAACCCUUGUUUUACGGCGUCCUUGUUGAGGAAUUAUGAAACUUGGGUCUGCAUGUUGUCAGCACUGAGCAAUUGUUUAUGUCUAGUCUGCUACUCUGCUUCUGUUCUUUUCAUUUUUUUUUUCCCUUUUCUGUGUUAAUGUCUAAAUUUGUAAAUAGAUCUAUAAACAUAGUGCCUAGCUUGCAUUUUAGUUCUUUUCGCUGUGUAUAUUAUUUAUGGUAUUAUAAUCUAAGGUGUAGGCAGGCAUCUGCUUUGCUGCAAAUUUCUUCUUCUUAGAGCAGAAGUGUCUCAACAGAGUAGGGAAUAAUCAAGUCAUUUUUUCCUCUGUACCGUGAUGCAUUGCAUUCUACACUGUGGCAGCUAUCUACUAAUUUUUGUAGAGGGCCUUUUUAAGGCAUAAUCCAAAAGUGACUUUAUGCAUUGCCUCAUUUAAUCCAACUGAGGUCUGAGGUUACCUUGUCAUCUUAUCCAUGAAAGUUACUUUUUAUUUCGAAUGUUACCGUACAGUAAAGGUUUGACUGAUAAAAAGCUGAUGAAAGGCAGGUUUGACAGAGUUACAGGAGCAAAAACUAUAUCUUGUACCAGUAAGCUUGUCUGAUGUUCUCGUUUCGGAUUUUACUUGUGGAAGUAAUUAUUCCUUGAGGAGGGCAGAAGCAACCAUAUGGAGAAAGAGACACUUUUGGAUUGUGCCUUAAAAAGGCUCUACAAUUACAAAAAGAUAGCCGCCCUAAAACUCUUCAUAGCAAAUAUUGACUGGAUUAUUCCCUAACAUGGCCAGUAACUUUUUGCUCUCAACAAGAAGAAGAAGAAGAAAGUUGAGCGAACGUCCGCACUCCGCACCAGCAGGUGCGUGUUGAGCCGAAUGAGGUUUUUUUUCUGGACCAGCAAGCAUUAAGCAUUGGAUUGAUCGUACGGAUCAAGCGCUACCAUAACGCCAUCAUCGUUGAAGAUGAAACCCAUGGUUGUCAUUAAUUCCACUUUCAAACCCGGGAUAAAAAUCAUCAUUGAAGGUAUUCGAUCAAUCGUUCUGUCUUUGAUCAACUUCUUUGCCGAGUUUGGACAAGUUUCCGUGUUGUGAGUCGCGGGGUGUUCCUCGUAUUUAUAGGUGAUGGAUGGGUGAACGUGUGGUUAGGAUGGAGUUGUGACCAUUAAUCUGCAGGACGAUUGGGUUGUACCCCUUUUUCCGAGUCGGUGUUGGAAUAUUGUUGACUCUUUUUUGGAAACCGAAGAAAGAAAUGGACAACGUGGUAAUACAGAAUUUCCAGGGCACAAUUGUUUGACAUCUGUGAUCACAAAAGUUGAGAAUAAUUACUCAUGAAUUUGUGCUUUUUUUUUUUUUUUUGGAUUAAUGAGG